AAAAACAUCCGAACACCAGAGGAUGAGGAGGGCCGACGAAAAGAAGUACUAGUUCAGUAUAAUAGAGUCUCUCUAGAGCUUCCGAAUUCGGUGUUGUCCUCUAAACUGUGAAAAUGAAACCAAGGGUUCCGCAUAGGUUCCCUCUAUUCUAUUACCACACUCGUUUUCUUAACCACUCUAAACCCUUCACUUCCUUCACCAAAAAGCUUCUUACACCUCAACCUCCUCCUUCUAUCAACGCCGCCACCAAUGGAGGAGGAAACUCUCAAGGGGAUUCUUCUUAUUUCUUACCUGGAGCAACAGUUGCUACAAUACUUAUGCUUGGUGCUCUACAUGCCAGACGAAUGUAUGAUGACAAGAAGCAUGAAGAGAUGCGAGAAAAAGGGAUUGAGUUGGAGUUCCAACCCGAUGCGAAGGCUUCAUUUUUGAGAUUACUGCCUCUACGAUCGAUUUCUAGAUGUUGGGGACAGUUGACUAGCAUGGAAAUACCAGUGUGGUUAAGGCCACAUGUAUACAGAGCUUGGGCUCGGGCAUUCCAUUCAAAUUUAGAAGAAGCUGCUUUACCUCUGGAAGAGUAUACAUCUUUAAAGGAAUUUUUUGCUCGUGCUUUGAAAGAAGGUUCCAGGCCUAUCAAUGCUGAUCCACAAUGUCUGGUCAGUCCUGUUGAUGGCACAGUCUUAAGAUUUGGAGAGUUGAAAGGAGCGGGGGCAAUGAUUGAACAAGUUAAAGGGUUUUCGUAUCCCGUUUUUUCCCUUCUUGGUGCAAGCUCUCUCCUUCCAACAGCUGCUGAUAUCAAUGUGCAAGAGGAGCAUACUGAAUCAAUAACAACUACCGAGAAGAGCAAGAAAUCAUGGUGGAGAGUUUCAUUAGCUUCUCCAAAAGUUUGGGACCCAACUUCAUCACGCGCAAAGAGAGGCCUUUUCUACUGUGUGAUUUACUUAAAUCCUGGAGAUUACCAUCGGAUACAUUCCCCAGCUGACUGGAAUAUUCUUGUACGCAGACAUUUUUCUGGCCAUCUUUAUCCUGUGAACGAACGUGCUACAAGAACAAUUAGAAACCUCUAUAUUGAGAAUGAGAGGGUUAUUCUUGAAGGUGUGUGGCAGGAAGGGUUUAUGGCGCUUGCUGCAGUUGGCGCCACAAAUAUUGGCUCAAUUGAGCUUUUCAUUGAGCCCGAACUUCAAACAAACAAGGCAAUAAAGAAGUCCCUACAUUCAGAUCUUCCUGAAGAACGGGUCUAUGAUUGUGAAGGUGUUGGUAGAGUACUUAAGAAAGGAGAUGAGUUAGGUGCUUUCAACAUGGGAUCAACAGUUGUGCUUAUUUUCCAAGCUCCAAUUUCAAAACUGCUUCAGGAAGGCGAUUCAUCACAAGAGUUCAAUUUCAAUGUCAAAUGUGGGGAUAGAAUACGAGUUGGUGAGGCUCUAGGGAGAUGGCAUAGUUCGUGACCAUUUUAAUUUUAUCCGCGGUUCGUUACAUUUCGGAAUGUACUCUGCCCCAGGCGCACGUUUCUAACAUAAAUUAUUUUCAACAUUCUAACUUAAAAGUAUUUUAUUUGCAAACUUGGCGCCAUGUUUAUUGUAGUGAAACUACAGAUGCCGUAUUUUUUAUACAUUGAUAAAUACUCGUGACCAUCAAUUUACAUCAAUAACAUUUUUUUUAUUUUCA